UGGUUAUAGUCCCCAUACAUCCCACCCCCCUUAUUUUAACCCUAAUCUCUCCACCCCCCAAUAGUGCAUCUCUGGUUUAUACUUGCUUGUAGUUGAACAUCUCUUACCUUUGCUUUUUCCCACCUCAUUGCUUGAACAUCCUGGUUUUGGGUUCAGUUUUUGUUUACUGUGAGUUGGAGAUAGCAGGCUUUGAGGUCACGGGAGUAAAAUAUUGGCACAAAGUUGCACAUGUUUUUAAUUUGUUAUGAAGCUCCUUUAGCACAUGAUUCCGGGUGUGAGUCUGUUACACCUGCCAGUCAGGCUAUCAGCUCCUCAAGGAGCCUAUUUUAUUCAUCCUUUUAUUCUUAGAAUCAUAGACACUUCCAAAUAUAUAAGGUAAGCUAUAGUUCUACUUGUAGGACCAAAGGGGUGAAUGUAGAGGCGAGGCUCUUUCAACUGCAAAUUCUAUACAGGACUGAAGACCCACAAAAUAAGACGUGUUUGCACUUGCUCUGUCUGACCCAGGCUGCCGGCCCUGAGAUGAGUAAUGUUCCCUCAGAAGGGACAGUGUCAUUUGAAGAUGUGGCUGUGAACUUCACGUGGCAGGAGUGGCAGUACCUGAGUGAAGAUCAGAGGAACCUGUACCGGGAUGUGAUGCUGGAGACCUGCAAUCACCUGGUGUCCUUAGGGCACUGUGUUACCGAUCCUGAGGAGAGCAUCAGGUCGGAGCAGGGAUUACAGCCGUGGACUGUGGACGAUCCCCCAAACCAGGACCUGUCAGAUGUCCAUACUGUGGAUCACCUGACUCAGGACAGCCCUGCAAAUCAGGGCAGACAUGUGUGGCAAGUUCUUACCACCAGCAGCAAAAUAGCAUUCAACGAGAGAACUGACUUAAUGGAAAAAAGCAAUUUGCACUCAAUUCAUUGUUUGAACCAUAGUAUCAAAAAUGAAAACAAUUCAGCGAUGAUGCCUGUGAACUUUACUAUACAUAGGACCAUGAUGAUCCCUGGUGAGCCUCAUGAAGGGUAUGCUGGAGAGUACAAGGAGGUCUUUAGUAGAAUGAGGGAACCCAUCAAGUAUCCUGAGCACCUUAGUCACCAGGUGAUUCAGAACUUUCAACAGCCUUUUGAAUUUCGUGAACAAGGAAAAGUUGUGAGUGAAGAAACAAUAUUUACACCUAAAGGAGCCCUUCCAGAAGGGGCUGCCCAUAAAUGCAAUGAGUGCAGGGACACCCGUGAUGAGGUACCUUUCGUUGCCCGAGACAGAACCCAAGGAGGACAGACUCCCUGCAGUUGUAAUGAAAAGGGGAGAGCUGCGGAGAUGACUCCAGUGCAUUUGAAUCUUCCUAGGUAUGUUGAACACGAGCAGCAGGAAUGUUGUGAAAGUGGGGCCAGUCUCAGCAACAUAUUUCACACCUAUCCGCGUGAGAGUACCCAGUUAGGAAAGAAUAAUUUGGGAUAUAAGAGAUAUGGUGAAGUGGCCUCUAAAACCUCUGUUCUGACUGAACAUCAGAAAACACAAGCAGACGAUCAACCUGAUGAGUGUGGGGGCACCACUGAGAUUUCCUUACAGAGGGGAUACCAGAGAAAUCUCACUGCAGUGAAGUUGUUUGGCUCUAACGAUUAUGUGAAAACUUACUCAUGGAAGACUGCCCUCACUUUACAUCCACAAUCUCAAACGGGAGUGAAGCGCUACCCAUGUCAGGUUGUACCCGAUAUGAUGAAGAGAUGAAAAGAUGUCCGGUGCACCCAAUAGUUCUGGGUGGCCUUGUGGAGCUGAUUUCUGUUUCUUGGACUUGUUUAGCCCUACACAAGCCAUUCCUCUUUUAAUUUUUGCAUCUAUAAAACACGUUACUCAUCUCACAGAUGCCAAGAAAUUCAAAGACUUUGGUUGUGGGGAUCCUAUGUACUCACUUCCACUCUUCUGGUUGAAACGUCUCAGCCAAUGAAGGGAAUGGUCAGUCCUUCCUGCUCACCACGACUGAGCAAAGCUUCUCAGCCCAGGAGCACAUUCCCCACAUUUAAUCUCUUCGGACACAGACUCGAGUCUGUCCACCGUGUGGAUCCCUGUGUCCAGCACCUGCUGAGGGAAGGGGACACGACGGAAAGUGUGGGCUGAGUGUGAGGAGCUGAAGCGUGGUCACUGGCAGCUCUCAGAGGUCCCAGGAAGCAGCAGGGCAGAGUCCGCCCAGCUUAUUAGACUUUAACACUGAAUAAUGACACGAUCUCGCCCUGGACUUCGCUGGCCCCACAGGAUGAGCCCAUCCCGGGACGGAAACAAACACAUCCGCGUGCGGGUCAGGACACACCAGCGAGCUCGGAGCAGGGUCUGGAGGCUGAAUACACCUGCCCGCGACUCUGCAGGCACUGGGCGUCCUCCUUAGAGACUGUCCAUGUAGGCCUUGGCAUAUGUCUAGACUGGGGUGCUGCUCCCUGUUGUGGUGGGGACACGUGUGUGGAUGGAUGAAAUGCCCUUGUCAGGAAUGUGGGGUGCACAUGGCUUCUCCCCAUGCAGGGCCUGUGCUCACAGUGGUUUCUGAGGUCCAGGAGUGCUCUAGUGUUGUGGGGCCACUUGUUUAUUUCACUUGGGGUUCCCUGUCCUUGGACUUGUGGAAGUAGGAGGGUGUUCACGUGGGUGUUCCAUGGAGUGUGAGGGGGGCACCUCACACACAGAGGGGCAGAAAUGGAACCCCAAAACAAGACAACAAAGACGUGAUUAAUGGCAAUUAUUAACAUGACCCCACAUCACCCCACUCGGGAGGUAAAUUCCUCUUCUCAAAAGAGUCUGGAGGUUUUGCUCAAAGCCAAGACAGAAAGUAUGUAAAGGCCGUGGUCCGAGAGUGAUGGAGGCCCAGGGGGGAGACACCUGCCUUCAGGGUCUUUCAUGUAAAGAGGAGCAGCUUGGGAGACUUCCCCACACAUAUUUUAUUCUGAAAUCUCAAUGGAUUCGGUCUGGCCAUUACCAUGCAUGUUAUAAGAGAAUUAUUGUCUGACUGAGUCUGUUAUGAUCCGUCAGGCAUGUUUGGAGACACCUGUCCAACUGCAGAGAGGACGCAUGAGGUAGGAGCCUCCCCCAGUUCAUGUUCUCAGGGUGGGUGAGCAGCCGUGAGGCCCCAGUGUUGACAGCACAGAAACUGCCGAGAAUAAAAAUUACAGAUAGUGCCGUGCUUCACUUUAUAUGAUGUAGAAAGAGACAUAAUCCCAGAUGUACCAGAAAGUGGAGGAGAAGACCUGGUGCAGGACAUCAACAAACAACCUUGUGAACCCCUAAAAUGUGAACUCCUAAAAAUAAACACAAGAGCAUCAAGUGUCUUAAAAAUUAUAAAACUUAACAAACGAAACAUAGUUCUUCAAA